AUGGUCAUCUACUCCUUCUACAUCUUCGAUCGCCACACCGAGUGCAUCUACAGCAAGCGAUGGCUGCGUCCGUCCGGAGCCCACGCGAAGGCCGGGCGCCCCACCUCUGGCGGCAGUCUGAUGAGCGACGGCGACCCCCAAGCCGGCCGCAAGAUGCUGUCCAAAGAAGACGAUGCGAAGCUCAUGUUCGGCGCCGUCUUCUCCUUGCGAAACAUGGUUAAGCAGCUAGGCGGAGAGGACGAUACCUUCCUGUCCUUCCGCACCGGCGAAUACAAGCUGCACUAUUACGAGACGCCAACCCGCCUGAAGUUCGUCAUGCUCACCGACACAAAAACGAACAACCUCCGUAUAGUCUUGCACCAGAUAUGGGCCAAUCUCUACGUCGAGUUUGUUGUAAAGAACCCUCUGUCGCCUGUGGAGCAUCCAGGCGGUGCUGGCGUGGCCAACGAGCUCUUCGAGCUGGGAUUAGAUAGCUUCAUUGACAGCGUCUUUCCUGGAUGA